AUACUUAACCAAAAGUUUGAGGGUUUUAUUGCACUUUUACUCAUCUACGAAGGACCAUAUACAUCCCAACACCAGCUCCCGUCCACCCCAAACCGGAACUCAGCCGCCAUGGAGGAGGAGGGAGGUGGACCCCGGCUAAGUAAGAGAUUUUCCGAUAAAGGAGGAGAAGUUGAUUAUAAAACCAAAGCUGGUACAGCGUGGUCUCACUCUUUCCUUAACCAGAAGCCUUGGCAUCCUCUCUCUUACCCAAAUCAACGGAGAAAAUGGAUUGCCGAGCAGACUCAUGCUCAGAGAGAACUACGAGCUGAGGAAAUAUCCCGCGAGUAUGCUCAAGAACAGGAGUUUUUUCGUCAGACUGCUCUCGUCUCCAAGAAAGAGAAAGAAAAGAUGGAGAUGAUGAAAGCUGUUAGCUUUAUGUAUGUUCGACCACCUGGCUACAAUCCAGAAAGUGCAAAAGCUGCCGAGAUUGCUGACAAAGCAAGAGAUCAGGGGCAGGGGCAUGGCAGUACUUCUCAAGACACAUCUGCAGCAGGGGCCUCCACUUCUGGGAGACCUGAAGUGCCACCUGAUCAGGAGAAAAAAAAACCAAGGGCAAAGGAUAUAUAUGGCCGUCCAUUGCCAACAGAAGAAGAAUUUGAAGUGCUUAAAAACGCUCCAAGGCUGGAAACAGGCAUAGUUGGAAGGGCCAAACCCUUUGGAAUUGAGAUACGUAAUGUCAAGUGUGUCAGAUGUGGAACCUUUGGCCAUCAGAGUGGUGAUCGUGAAUGUCCAUUGAAAGAUGCUAUAAUGCCAAAUGAAGAGAGUCGAAUAAAAAGAGAUGACCCUUUAACUGCUAUCCUGGCUCAGACAGAUGCUUCUGAGCCUUUGAAGUGGGAGCUCAAACAAAAGCCUGGAAUCAGUCCUCCACGUGGUGGGUUCGAACUUGACGACCCCAACCAACAGAUAGUUGCUGAGGACAUAUUUGAUGAGUAUGGAGGAUUCCUUACUGGGGAUAAUGUACCUGAUUUGCUGGCCAGCUUAUCAAGCAAGCCAAAGAAGAAAAAGAAGUCCAGCAAAAGCAAGAACAGAAAGCGGUCUUCACCAGCCAGAGCUGAUUUACGUGAUGAUAAAGAGAUUAGUUCAUCUUUGGAUGAUGAUGGAGGAAGAUCACUGAAGAAGAAAAAGUAUAAGAAGUCUCUAAAGCAAUCCAAGUCUUCUGGUGAUUCUGAUGGGCAUCAGAGACGAAGUAACAGACAGAGACAUCCACGGUCAAGUUGGGGAAAGCAUUCUGAGUCAAGUUCAGAGGACAAUAAUAAUGACAGGUACCAGAGGAGUAACAGACACAAACGUUCACGGUCAAGUUCACCCGAGCCUGAAGAUAAGGAACACAGGAAGAAGAAGAAUCACCACCAUUAUCAUGACUCAAAGGACGAUGAUAAUGACAUGCAUCAGAAAAGGAAUAAUAGACAGAAAUGGUCACGGUCAAGUUCACCCGCGCCCGAGCCCGAGCCCGAAGAGAAGGAUCACAGGAAGAAGAAUGAUCACCACCAUUAUCAUGACUCAGAGGACGAUGAUAGUGGGAGGCGUCAGAAAAGGAGUAACAGACAGAGAGGUUCACCCGAGCCUGAAGAGAAGGAUCACAGGAAGAAGAAUCAUCGCCACUAUUAUCACGAUUCAAAGGAUGAUGAUAAUGACAGGCAUCAGAAAAGGAGUAACAGACACGGACGUUCACGGUCAAGCUCACCUGAACCUGAAAUUAAGGAUCACAGCAAGAAAAAUCAUUACCACCAUUAUCUCGACUCAAAAGACGAUGAUAAAGACAGGCAUCAGAAAAAGAGUAACAGACAUGGAUGUUCAGCCGAGCCUGAAGAUAAGGAAUGCAGUAAGAAGAAGAAUCAUCACCGUCAUUAUCAUGACAGAGAAGACGAUGAUAAGGACAGGCAUCAGAAAAGGAGUAACAGACGCAGACGUUCACCCGAGCCUGAAGACAAGGAACACAGUAGGAAGAAGAAGAAUCUCCACCAUUAUCAUGAAGACGACGAUGAUAAUGACAGGCAUCAGAAAAGGAGUAGCAGACACAGACGACGUUCAAGGUCACCUGAGCCUGAGGAUAAGGAACACGGGAAGAAGAAUCACCAUCACCGUCAUCAUCAUCAUCAGCGGCAUAAUCAUUCUGAUUAUUCAUGACCAUGAAGCUUUAGUAUCUAGAUGUUUUCCUCCUAUAAAAAGAGCUCUAGGGUCCACUUGUAAUGCAAAACAGGUAAUGGAAGAAAUGGUCGUGUAAAACCAUUGAAAACAAAGUGAUCAGUUCAAUCACGGAGUUAGCUCUAUGCACCUCUGUCUAUGCAAAUAGUUCAUUUCGUAUGGCUAU